AUGGCAGGUACCUUAGCAUUGGUGUCCUCACUAGUGACUUCCGAGACAGCGAGUGCUGCGCUGAAGUCGAGUAGUCGAGCCCCUGGCAUGCAGGGCGACACCGCCACCUGCGCAGUUGACGAUGUCUUUGCAAGCGCUAAGACUAGUCUGCAGGAGGUGCGCGUUCUUUCCGCUGUUCAGCUGUACGAGGAGCACAUCAGCAUACAGUGCGCCAACGGCGAUAUCAUUGUUGUCUCCUUCAUCAUCACCGACUCGCUCUGCGACAAGCUCCCUAUUACCGCCCCUCACAUCUCAAUGGGCUUUGCAGACGCAGACUUAAUCCUGUCCUCCUCCACAGACCCCACCAGCGGCAACGUCAUCACUUGGGUAAUCACUUGCUGAUACUUCAGCAACGACAACCCUUCCGUCAGCAUCGCCAACAUGUCGCCCAAAUACAUCGCCGCCGACCUGCAGACUGUGCACGUCAUCAUGCACGGGGCUGCUGCGUGGGCUACGUACCGGAAGACUCUCAAGGUGGCCGCAAGGGCAAAAGCGCAGUACGGCUGCAGCACGCCGACCUACAUGGAGCUGAAAGACACGGUCAGCAGCGGAACCGCUCACUUGCACUGGAAGCGCUGCAGCGCUAAGGGCAAGCUCAUGGCGAGCAUCAGCGGUGUCGACUACUUCACCUCCACUCACCAUCGCUGCUAUAGCAUGGGCUUCUGUGAUAUCAACUACGACAAGGAGACGACACUGAUGAUGAGGCAUUUGAAAGUAGGAAGGCUGCCUCCCUCCCCUCCCCCCCCCCCAACACACACACACAGAGACACACACACACGGCGCGAGAGAGAGGAGAGUGCCGCUAGCACCAGGUAUUAUGCUGUUCGUAUGAGCAUUGGACUCUCGCUGAUGGGUGCAGCAACUGAAUUUUUUCGAUUUCCUCUGGCAUUCCUCAUAUUUUGGUGA